AGUAGGUUGUGAGCACUUCCGUGGUGCAGAAGACUUUGAGAAGAAUUUGUUUUUAUAUAAAUCUUUAUUUCCUUUAAAAAACUGCGAUGGGUGACAAUCUCUUCCUCAUAAGUCGUGCAGAUAUCUUUUCAAUCUAUCCCAAAAUAUUCAAUGAACUCCUUGCUCAGGAUGAGUGUGAGCGACAGAAGAGUGGGAGUCGUGCUGCAAAGGAAAUUAACUUACCAAGUGAUUAUGAAUUUCGUCUCAAAGUUUACCUUCGUUUGCUCGAUCAGCAAAGAAGGCUCAAUGAGGCUGAAGAGAGGGGCCAACCACCGGAAAAGUUGGAUACACUGAGGGUGAUUGAAUUGUGGGAUCCAUUGCAUGAUUUUGAAUUAAUUGCAACACCUUCGGUGAUUAUACGAAAGAAGUGCUUCUUUGAUGAUCCCAUUGAGUACUUAGAUACGGAUUUGAGUGUAUGGGCACUUGAGGAUAUUGCAAAGGCAGGAAUGCUACUCAGGAAGCCCCCAUUGCCAUGCACCUUUCACAAUGAACAUGAAAUGCGGAGGGUCUAUUCCUUAAUCUACGACGUUUUUCGCUUCAAGACCGUUCUAAAUCAAGCAAUAAUUGAUGCAAAAUUCUUCGGAAUCUACCCUCAUCUGAAACCUGAUGUAAAUCGUGUGUGGUUGAUCCUGUUUGAUCUCCACAUGAGGCACUUCCUUAUGCGCGAUCCCGAAGAGACCAAGAAAAAGAAUAUUCUUUACAAAGAGGCUGAUCUUGCGGGGAUUGACGAUCGUCUCUGGGAGCAUCGGAUUAAGCUAGCAGCAGCCCUUUCGAGGCUGAGAAUUGAAAAUGGUGCCCUUAAGUUGGCUCAUUUGCUUCCACCUCAUUUGCAGGACGAAAAAGUCGCCAUUGCUGCUGCAAAUCCAAUUGUUUCCGGAUGGAUAAAUCCCUUUAAGUUCCCCAAGAAGGACAAUGCAGUUACUUACCUGGGUGAACGGGGUUUUGGGGAGACUCCAACAACGGCUGAUGGGAAAUACGAAGCAUUGUCGUUAAAUCAAUUCAAAUGGGAUCGUGUGUGCCCCUUCUACAUGCAGUGCCUCCCGGAAAAUCGUGGUCUCCUCGCACAAACACCCCUUAUUAAGGAUUUUAUGUUCAUUCUUCAGGAUCGAGCUUUCUCCAUUGGCCCCGCGUAUUUUUCGCGUCUUCUCGACUAUUUUACAAUAAAUGGAGAUGUUGUGCAGACGCACGUGUCCUCACCACGAUCAACAGCUUACCUUGCAUCGCUCUUCCUCACAAAUGCACGUGUGAGGAAUUUCUUGGCCUUCGGUGCGGGGCCACGGGUGGAGGAGUACAGGGACUUUAUGGCAACACUCGGGGUUAAUAAUGUGAAAAUCUAUGCGGAGAAUUUCACAAAUAUGUCCCUGAAAUCGCAAAUAUUUGAACGUGCUGUGGGGAUCUUUGCAACACCCCCAAAUAGCUAUAGUGGUGUCACGGAUCCCAUUGAUCUCAUUUGCAGCCGUGGCGGGGAUCUCACCAUGCUGGAAGUUCUCACGGAGUCUGAGGUUAGUGAUAGUGGAAAGAAGCGCGUGGCGGAGGUUUUAAUGGAACAAAUGGAAACACUUCGGCUCUCCUUGUCACGCCCUCAGAUCCAAUUUGUCCUGUAUGAGACACAUUCAGUGGUGUCGUCGGAGAAUGAGGAUAUGCUCAAUCAUGCUGUGGAGAAUGUCAAUAGGGCUGCACAGCAGAAGCACUAUCAAGUUAUGCGGGAUCUUGCACGUCAGGAUGCCCUGGUGGCUGCACAAGAGGGUCUGGCCAUUUCCACAUCAACCCCAACCUCUGCUCGUCGACGCACAAGGCGCUCCUCCACAGAUGUUCCGCCGAUUAAGCUGAAAUCCUCCGACAGUGAGGGUGCAGUGACGUCGGAUUCGGAAACGGAGGAAGGCAGGGAAACAGCCAAAUCGCGCAUGUCAUCCAAGAAAUCCAUCUGUACGGCAUCUGAGGAGGAAUUCCUCAACACCUACGACAUCCCAUUGACGGAUAUCUUUGAAGUUGUUGACCUACCGGAUAUUUGUCUCAAUCGCGAUGAAUGCCUGAAUCUCGAGGAGCACGGAAGCUACUUAGCGCUGGUGAAGCGCAAAGAGAUUACACGCUUUGAUUCGAAGUAUCUGAUAAAGAUGGCCGAAACGAGGGGUCUCUUUGGUGAUACAAAACCCAAAACAGCCCGCCCCAAGGUGCAGAAGAAAGUUGAGAAGAAGGAAGUGGAGAUUCUCGAGAAACUCGCCGGGAAGAAGCUUAAACGCAAAAGGAGUGAUAUCUCUGUUCUGAUAAAUCGCCUCAGUACCCCAACGUUGUCCUUCCUCAAUCACUCCCAGCUGCAGCGAUGCUCAUCGGCUGAGAAGAAAUUCCUCCUUUACGAUCCGAUUCGUUGUCGAUGCUUGAGGCAUCUUGCGCAUCAUCCGGAGGAUUUUUCCAAGGAUGAAAUUACGCAGUUGUGCUCACAGGCACAUCAACGUGCCCAAACGUGGUGGCGGCAAUCGGCGCACUUUGUGGUACGACUGAAACGGAUUCAGCGGGAGGUGCAUGAGGUGCGCAAGAAGAAGCCUAAUCUAUUUAAGCCAGUCAAAGAGAAGAGGAUAAACCCAUUGCGACUGCCACGGGUACUAACACCCGAAGAUGUUGGGAGGACUAAGGCCAAAAGGGGCAUGACACUGCUGAGCCAUCGUGAAAUGUACCCAAUGCGUGUGAAUCAGCUGGAGAUUGAGAAUCGUCGGCGUUCUGCCCUGAGCUACAUGGAAUGCGAAAUGGGGGCGCUUCCCAUUCCCCACAUGACGCAAUACAUCAAAUACAACCCCAUCUACUACUCCCACUCAUACUGAUGAAAAAACUGUACUGGUAGACAGAGAGAGAGAGAGAGAGAGAGGGAGAGAGAAAGAUAAA